AUGAAGGCCAGAGAUGAAGGAUUCUGCAAUAUUGUUUGCAUGAAGACACUGUUUUUCGUGUUUAAUUUCAUCUUUUGGGUGAGUGAAAGCCUCGCGAAGAGCUUCCAGACGAAUCCCAACUUUUGUUUUGAGAGAACGGUGAAAGUUUUAUUUAAGAGGGCAGGAUAAAUACCUAUUUUCACUACACUUUCGUGGUUUCAUCGUGUGCCAAGACAGAUUAUUAAUGUCAAAGUUACGGUGAUCUCUUUCUGUCAUAAUUUUGAACGAUGCUGUGAUGUGGUCGCACAACAUCAUGUUCGUAAAAUUUUCACCAGUUUAUCAGCUGUCGCCUUUCGACUUUAGAGUAUUAUAUAUUCAUUUCACUUAAAGCUUUGCCAACUUUCUAUGACUUCUUUAUUUCUUUGUUUUAUGCCCUUAAAGCGAAACAUUGAGGCACCUUUAGUUUUAGAGCGAUUAGAAUGUAGCUUUAACCAUAGAAUUAAUGACGAGUUCUGUCAAAGUUAUGGAAUUUUAAUGAGCUUACGGUGUAGUACAAUGCACGUUUAUACUUAAAUCUUCGUCAUACUUUCACAAAGAUAAAUAGUUUCCUGUUGGUAGGGCCUUUUCAGCUCAAGUAGGUAUUAUUAUGUAAAAGAUUUUUGCUAAAAUUAUCGAGAAUAUUCUACCAUUAGUAUGAUUUUAAAGCUAUUACAGGAUUCCUUGAUGUGCUCUUAGCUUACAGUUAGCUUUCAUAUUGUUUUCCCACUGGGUCAAGCAAACCUCUGAACAUUUAUCUAAUGGGUUAAUUAAUUUCUUUGAGUCCCUGUUCAAACACUGAUACUUUGUUAUGGCAAGAUUUUGAGAAAAGUACAGUGUGUGCAUUGAGCUUCUAAGGCCCUGUUUAAGAGGACCCUGGCACUAGGAGGGUUACCCUAGAACUUGCAUAUUUCUUCUUUUCCCACACGACAUGUUUACAAGGCAGGUAGGGUUACCCUAGUGCUAGGGUAAGUCUACCUGAGUGCUAGGGUUGCUCUAGCAAGAGGGUUACCCUGCCAGCCUUAUAAACACUCAGCUAGGGAUAACUCACCUACCCAGGUCAACUUUCCACUGUCAUGUGUGACCAGUAAUCGUGCCAAUUUGAAUAGUAUUAUCCAAUUUCUUAGCUUAAUAAUAGACUUGUGGAUAAGUUCAAGUUUACAUAGACAAGUACGUAGCCAGUUAUAACUCAUAACCCAAGGGGACCAAAGAAAAUUAAUUCCUAUAACAUUCCUUCAGCUUGCAGGUGUCGGAAUUUUGGGUGUUGGAAUAUGGAUAAUGGUCUUCAAAAGUGAUUACAAAAGUUUGCUGGACAGCGAUAUCUAUGUGAUUGUGCCAGGUCUAAUGAUUGCGGCAGGCGUGGUGGUCAUCAUCGUUGCAAUUGUGGGAUGUUUAGGAGCUAUUAAGGAGAACAGGUUUUUUUUGAUCUCUGUGAGUACAUGCAUCUCUGUCGCUAAAAAUGUAAACCUUAUUCACAAUACCCACCAUCUUUGCACAUGCUUUAGGAUCAAUGGGGUACACCUGUAAAAGCGCCAGUUUCCAAGAUAAAUGUGUUCAACAGAAAAUGUAAAAAUAAUGCAAGAUUUGUUGAUUGUGCCUUGGUGUCCACAUAAUGAAUACCAACACUGUAAUUCUUGAUUGAAAUAAUGUGGGGUUUCAAUAGAUACAAAAUAUGUACUGCCUGUAGGAGAGAAAUUUUUGUAAAAAGUGUCUUUGGGCCUUUGUUAUGGUAUAGGAUGAUAAUUAAGUAUUUUAAGGACAAUUUCCAUGAUUGUCAAGAACCCUUGCUUGUUGAUAUAACACUGUGCACAAAACAAAUGCCAGGUUCACAUGCAAGGCCAAGUUGGAAAUAAGUAUUGUGGGCAAUUGGCUAUUACAACCCAUAGCACAACCCAUAGGUAGGAAUGGUACACUGUAUCUAUGGAUUGUCAUCACUCAACCAAGUAAAAUCUGUGCUGGGAGGUUUACUGUAAAAUGGUAUUAACUUCAUUAAGAAUUAUUGUAUUGCAACAGAAACUCAUAAGGGGUUGAAACGUGUAACUCUCAUAUGUUUGCUUUGUCCAAUGCUCGUGAUUAUUCAUUUUCGAAAGUACCAUAUUUGGAACGAGAAGAAGAGAUAACUGACCAAUCAAACUUCGUAAACAACGUGACAUAAUUUUCCUUCAGGUUCCCGCGCCCGCUUAAAAAAAUGGCCGACAAACGGGGGAAAAACUCCCGAAAGCCGAGAAAGCUUUUAAAGGUUGAAACCAGGAAUAUUACCGAAACACUGAGCAGGAUAUUAUUGCCUUACCACCCGGGCCAAACGUAACAUUAUGAAACCCAUUGACGACCUCGCAACUUCUUGAAGUUGUCACUUCAAAAAACUAUGCCUCGUUGACCCUCUGCACAGUAAACUUAUACUGCAAAUAGGCUUUUAAAAUUUUUAUGUUAAAAGUCUAGAAUAAACAGUGAAAAAUGUUUUCGAAUAAAAUUCAUUAGCUGUGUAUCGAAAGUGUCCAAACCUGAACCUGACAUCUUCGCAAAAAGUGAUGCUUGUAAUGAAUGUGAGAAGCAUUUGAAAAGCUUAAAUUAAACUUAGAUGUUGUAGUCACAAUCGUGUUUUGAGCUAAUUUUAUGACUGAACAAACUCAAAACAAUAGACAGAGAAGCCGUUUCUUGAAAAUUUUUAUUCAAAGUCCAAAAAGUUAAUCCUUUAAAGCAAUUCGGAAAACACUAUCUGGAUCGUGGAUCCGUUCACGCAAGUGGCAUCGGCUAAGCACGUGGCAAAAUUCAACACAAAAUCCAUCUCAAAUCAGGGCACAUUUUGUAAUUUUUUCUUUAGCGCCGAAGAGAAAAAUUUAUAAAACGUCUAUGAAACAUUUAAUAAUACAUAAAUUCCCUUUUAAAAACGUAAUUGUCUUGGCCAUAGAGUGCAAAAUGUACCUGAAAAUUCAGCAAAAACUUCGCUGACUUGGUUGCAUUUCAAAAUAGACCAUGGGCUCCGCCGUGAAGAAAACAAGGUUGAAUUCCUCGAAGGACGAUUUCUUGAUGAAAAGCUUCCCUUUCUCCACAAAAAGAAAGCUGAGCAUUCUUUUGAACUUUCUCUUUCCAUUUUUUGUCUUUUAACGGUGUAUUUUUAACCUUGAAAUGCAGAACUCUUGUCUUAAAACAUCUGCAUGGUGAUCGCGCAGCAGCCAUUUUGUUGAAAAUGGAUAUCCGUCACUAAGAUUUCCAAAUAUGGUCAAAAUGAAUAUUCACAAGCAUUGAACGCGAGUUACACGUUUCAACCCCUUAUGGAUUUCUGAUUGCAAUUAUAGUAGUAGUGUAAGUUACAUGUAAAUCUAAAUUUUUUUUUUUUUGUUUGUAAAUUUCCAUUUCUUUCAGUUUUUAGUGAUGGUGAUCCUGGUCUUUAUUCUGGAGUUGACAAUUGGAAUUUUGGCUUUCGUAUAUUCUAAUAAGGUACAUCAUGUAUUCUGCUUUACCAACAUUUUGCCUCGUGUAAGGGAAUUCAAGACAGUCUUGGAUUCUAGAUUUCAGACACUGGAUUCCGGUCUCUUGUCAUUGGAUUUUGGAUUCCAAUCAUUAGUAGGAUCCCAGAUUCCUUGAGCUACCACAAGUAAAAUAUUCCCGGAUAAUUUCAGAUUUCACAAACCAAAAUGUCUGGGUUUUUGGAUUCCGGAUUCCCUUGCAUUGGGUAAAACAUUCACCCAGAAAUGAUUAAGAUUGAGAUUUUUGCUAAUUAAAGAUGUAAAAGAAUAUGUAAUAAUUGUUCAAACUAGUACAUGUAUGAUUGGCAUUACUCAUUUACAAAAUGUAGUAAUUUUGCCUCACAGUAGUCACUUCAACAACAUUACUGAUCUCAAUGUUUCUAAAUGUAUAGUGGUGUCAGUUGGCAGGACUAGUAGCAAUACACUCUCACUUAGGUUGUUAAUUAGUGAUCAGUGUAUUUUUAACCUGAAUUAAGUUUUACACUGUAGUAUGAAUCUCCUACAUAUGUACGUGUAAAAUGUCCACUACAGUGUUGUUUAUUACAAUUUUUAAAGUUUAAAAACUCUGUGCUGCAAGACCCUUUGGCAAAGGUUAAACUUAGCAUGUGAUCAAUUGACACUGUGGACAUUUUAAAAGUUUCUGCUGUUAAUUAAUCUUUUAAAAUGUACUUGCGUGGCUGCCACAGUUCAGGAAACGGUGAAGAAAAAAAAUUUUUCAAGGUAAGGGAAAAGUCAGGGAAUUUCACUUUGAGUCAGGGAAAAUUAAUUAGUCUUUGAAAUAAGUCACGAAAAUGUGAAAUUAAUCUUUAAGAGUACAUAUUUAUUCUUUUCCCAUUGCUUUCAUUGUUUUCUAACAUUUAACAUUCUUUUGACAGUACGUUUUUAUUUUUAUGGACAUGAAUCUUGUUUUAUUCAAUUUGGUAGAAUAUUUUUCAUGAAAUUGAACAAGAAGCUGAUGACGGGUUUUCCUUCUUGCAUGUCAUAUUAACGAACUGUUAAUUUAUGUCUGACACUGCACAUGAUUUACUGAAAGCAUAAAUAAAUAGGUGAAAAGGAUGCUAUGAGGGGAGGGUUGAGUCCAUUAUUAGGACUAAUUUGUGAAAUAUUGUUAAUUCAGUUGGUCAGGGAAAAGUCAGGAAAUUUCAGAAACCUCUGUCUGUGGCAACCGUGACUUGGUAAAAAUAUUUGUAGGUUGUAGAGGGUAACUGGUAUGUUACAUCUACAGUUUGUAUAUCUCACCAUCUUUCAUGUACAUGUACAGUGAACACGUACAGGUACUUGGAAUAAAUCAUCAAAACCCUUCAUCUCAUCUUCUGUUAUUGUUACAUGUAUUAUUUCCAUUGAGAGUGAAAAAGGUGUAUGCAUUAUGUUUUAUUUCACUUAAUAUGAUCACAAUAAUUUAAAUUAGGGACCGACCAUUAUGUUUUUGAUGGGGGGGGGGGGGGGGGGGGGAAUUUAUCUUGUCUCCGCCUGUGUGCUCUUCUGUUAUUUGUUUUUUUUUCAUAUCAUUAUCUUUUGUAAUGAGAAGAAAAAAUAGGGGUAGUUUAUUUUUUUUAUAAACAUAAAAUAAAACAAAAAAAAAUAAAGUAGACCCCAUUUAUUAGUUGUUGGGGGGGGGGGGGGGGGGGUAUGGAAAUUUUUGAAAUACAUUGUUUGCAGAAGCUGUAAACACUGCAGAAGUAAAUUGUAUGGAAGUAAAAACAGUUUUUGCAAGAAGAAAGAGACACACAAAAAAAUAUUGUUUGCAGCAGGAGCUGCAUAUAAAAAAAAGUUUGCAUGUGAGAAUUUUCCAAAUCCCUCCCCCACCCCUCUGUCAAAACAAUAAUGGUCCCUCACACCAAGCCUGGACCCUAGCUUGCAGAUAAACCUAUCAUGAGUACAUGUAAUAAAAGUUUUGUUUGUGUUCCGUACUCAUUAGAUAAAAGAUGAGAUAAGGAUAACGAUUAAGGACAAAAUGAAUCAAUAUGGUGUGAACGAUGAUGUGACAAAAUCUAUUGACAAAGUACAGGAGGAGGUGAGAGACUACGUCAUUAUAUAUCUUGCAUUAAUUUUCCUGCUUACAUCGCAGCGAGAAGAACUUGGAUUUUACCAAAUCACUCUACAACAACAUUCCUGGCUUUGAUUUUGAAAUUUUUUUGCUUUCACCUUUGUUGCUAUUGUCCUAUUGUGCUGCACUUUUUGGUGAGAUUAUAGAAUGAGUAAACAGUCAACUGGACUUUCAACUUCUUUUCGAUGAGCAUCUUCGUACAACAGACAUCUACCUAUUAAUGGGCAACCUAAGUUGGUUUCUGCCAUCUUAUUUCUCUACCGUUCUGUAUUAAGAAGUAAAUCUCUCUCUAGGCAAAUGUGUAUGUAGAGCUGGUCAAUGCCAUCCUUCAGUCAUUUACUUUAACUCAGAAACAACUCGCUGCUCCACUUUGUAAAACCUACAUUGUACAAUGCUCAUAGAUCUGGUCCCUGCCACACAUCAGCCACAUAUGAAGAGAGGAAACAGUAAAAGUAAAAACGCACAUGUACGUUUAGAGUUGGUCACUGCCAAAUUUCUUCUCUCACUCUACACAGGGUUCACACAGUCUUGAAAAGUCCUUGAAUUUUAAGGAAAGUCCUUGAAAAGUCCUUGAAUUCCAUUUUUCCUUGAAAGGUUGUUAAAUUUUUGUGCAAGUCCUGAAAGGUUUUCGAAUUUUCUUCAACUCUGAAUGUAUGUAGUUACCUGGAAAGUGUUUUUUAAUGAUUUUUGGCUAUCCAAGACAGAAUAUACUGUAAGUCAUAGCUCAGAGAAAUUAAAGGUCAUUUACAUAAAGUGAUUUUUGUUUUAUGUAAGAAUUGGUUAUUAAUAAGACAAGUGAACUGAAAAAUGUAGAUAGGUUGGUGAAGCAAACAGUUCAAGCCUUAAAGUCCUGUUAGAAUGGACUGGGAAUGCGCAUUUUAUACAUGUACAGUCUGUGAAAUUAUAUUGCUGGUAGGUGGUCUUGGAAAUCGAAUGUGGUCCUUGAAAAAUCCUUUAAAAAUGGUUGCAGUUUUUUGUAUGAACCCUACUAUAUCUGUAUGCCUUUCUGUGAGACUAAGACCUCUCUAAAACGGCCUCCUACAAGUAUAUGUAAAGCUGUAGCGUUGUUCUCUGCCGUUUUUAAAUAAUGUUUAUUUUAAUUUUCGUCAAGACAAGAUGGGACCAUAAUGCCUGUUCCAAGGGUGUUUGGCUUGGGAGAGUUAAUAACAUGAUUGUAAGAAAUAAUCGCGAUAUGUCCCCCGUGUAGUGAAUAACGAAGGGGUAGCCAUGCACGUACUAGCCUGUUCCAGGGUCCGAGAUAGUCGUGGCUUACACUUACGCGUCAUCUCUACGAUCUUUGACCGCUCCCUUUUCCCAGAUCACGCGCUUAUAUUUUCGCGUGCCUUACGCUUGCACGCGUCAUCCCUAUCAUUUGGGACCCUGGAACAGGCUUUACACAUACGCAAAUUUAUUUUGCAAAAAUGGAUGAUAAAACCACAUUUUGGUAAUACGCACUGUUUUGUUAAUUAAUUUUAGAACAAGUGCUGUGGCUCUACUGGAGGAAGCAGCUGGAAUGACACAGCUUGGCGGCAGGGUGAAUCGGAUAGGCUGGUUCCCGAUUCCUGCUGUAAAACACGGACAGAUGGAUGUGGGAAGAGAGAUCAUCCAUCAAAUAUCAACGAUGAGGUAAAGUGCAAAGUCCGUUCAUGUAAUACUAUUUAUUACAUGGCGUAAUCCGCUAGUGGGUAAGGUGAAGGGAAUCUUGUGUUGUGAUGGGCUAUCUAAGCGGGCAAGAUGGACACUUUAUUUUUCAAGUUCCAUAUAAUUAUCUGUUUUUGCUCUUGUCACCCGGGCUAUUUUUCGUGUGCAUUCCAUAACUGAGUCACUGAGUCUUUAUCAUUUUGAGUAAUAAUAGGGAGCUCUAGCACCAACAAGGGCGUCGGCUACGAAAACGUCAUUUAAAAAGUUAGUUCGUCCUGCUUCAAACUUUAUCGCGCUUAUUCCAUCUCGUUCAGUUAGUCAAAUACUGGCAAUUUUUCUGGGUUGAAUUCUCAUAGACUGUAUCGAAGUCCAGGAAAAGAAAAGCAAAGUCGUUGGCCUGUGUCCACGUCGUCCAUAUAACGUGAAAUUAGGCACUUUCACGUCUUAGUCGUUCUCUGACGGCAAAGAAAUGUACCAAAGAGCGUGAUGCACAUGCAAAGUUGUUGCUCUCCUAAUUGCUGGCGACAAGAGGAGCCCGCAAUCCUAAUCUCUAGGCUAUUAUUACGCAUGCGUCGCAUGUAUGUAACCAGCAUUCAUUUGGACGUCCACUAGGAAUGAAUGGAAUGCACAAAACGCAAUUUGAUGAUGCGCGUUUCGACCAUCUACCCCUCGUAAUCUGAUCGCGCGUGUUCUGACCAUCUGUCACCUGAAACUUACGCGAAGCACAGCGAUGGAGCAAAAGCGUUUGGACCUUCGGUCGUUGUCGCCCAGGCUCUCUAACCUUUGGUUGUUACUAGUCUAAACCUAUUGCUUUUUUUCCGUACUCGUUAAAGACGCCGUCGUCGUUGCCUAAGCUCCCUAAUACUGGUAAUAGGACUUAGCGUCGUAUAACUCAUGGGUACAUGUAAUAUUACGAUUACUUACUUCCAACGAUUACAAGUACAUUCAUUUCAGGCAAGUCGGGUCACGCUUAGGGACAUAUCCGUACCAUAUUAACUGUCAUGUGAAGCGAAUUGAAUACAGGACAUUUCGCGCAUUUAACUAAAAAUCCGAGUCAGUUUGUCCUCGCACCAAUUCGUGACGUACAAUUUAACCAGUUGUAUUUCGUAGAUUUCAUCAAGUCUGACAUUACCGUAAGCAGAGGAAUAGGGUUUAUUUAUUGCAAACUGAAAUAGUUAACUGUUACUUAGUGCUCGCGCGAGCAAGAGCAGUAAUUGGUUCUCGCGUUGAAAAAUAAGAUGCGCGUGUGUCUCCGUGUCACGCAAUCAUUCCGGCAGAAAUUAAGAAGAUAUCAAAGUUUGUUAAUCUAAACUUUUGUGAUUAAUUAAUUGUCAUUUGCGUUUUCAGGGAUGUUUAACCGAAGUAGAGGAGUUCUUUCAUAAACAUUUUACUAUUCUUGCAAUUGUUGGAAUUGGCGUUGCUGGUAUUCAGGUAUAUUGUAUGUACAGUACACUUACAUGUAUAGUAACGGAAACUGGUGGAUUCGCCUGUGGGCCGAUUCCGACCUCACAGCCACUCGUGCAGUCUACGUAAUCUAUUCUUCCGGCAAGAUGAAUGCUUUGUAUUAUUCACUAACAAUAAAACUGUUACAAAAGUGUGGGAGAGCUUCUCCUAUCAAUUUCAUUCCGGGUGAAACGACUACAGGAUGCGGAAAAGUUGUUUGAAAAUUGAUGUUAUUAUAAUACAUUUUGCGCGAAAAUAUGAUCUUCCCACUUGAUGAUAACAGUGAAAAGAUCACCGUUGCUAUGGUUACAUAAGAAGUCGCGCCUUUUGCAGCAAGAAAAUGUUAUAAAGGGCAAUUUUUUUUUUUGUAUGUCAUUGGUGUUUAUUUGAAAAGCAGGACAUCACAUAGCCGCUUGGAGAUAUGAAAUUUCUGCUCGAGUGUUGAAAAAUAUUUCACGAGUGUGCGCACUGUCAAACCGCCCUGUUCGACCACCUUUCGUAAGCUUACGUUUAUUAAAAGCACCGAGAUUUUCCCAGUAAAAGUCUUAUAGUUACUCAGACAUUGCAGGCAACAAAUUUUCCUUCACGUACAUGUACAUUACUCUGCAAGCAGAGCCUCCGCCUUUGAGGUCGCCGCAGCCCGAACCGAGUGUUAGCACCGGCUAUUAGGCCUGGGUUUGAAACUGUAUCCUAGCAACAUGCAGCGCAUGCUGAAAAAAAGAUCUUACUAGCCUGCGAGCAAGCUCUCCGGAGCGCUCUGGCGGCGGGAAAAGGAAGGAGAGCUUACAAAUACGUCUCUGGAAUUUUAAUACGUGCAUCGAAAAAGUCGAAGCGAAAUGCUGAUUGGUGGAGAAGACAUUAGUAAUAACGUCAUUACCCUUGGCACGUGUUUUUAAAAGUUUGUUUACAUUCGCGCUCGUUUCCGCUUCGCGCUGAUUGGCGGAGAGAGAGCUUUGAGAGAGCUUGCUCGCAGGCUAAGAUCUUACUUGAUUCUCAAGCACGCUAAAAUCGAGCAAGCGGAAGAAGUCAAAGAAAGUCUCUGCACAGGGUGAUGUACAUUCAAGUAGAGAUCACCUGUUCCCAGUCGAGACCACCUACUGCGCGACUGGUUCGACUCUUUAAAGCAGCCACCACUAAAUCUUGACAGUUUGCUUACACUAGGUAACGUUAGGCUUAACUGUAUUUUUAGGAGGCGGUAUAUUAUUAAACGUUCUUUUCUUUUCAUCCACAGUUGAUCGGCAUCCUAGUGACAGUCUGCAUUCUCCGUUUUGUGGAAGAAUAUUAACUCGAGUAUCAGACGCAACGCAGUUUAUUUGCAGGGAUGGACACUCAUAUGUACACUGUAACGCUAAUUUUUAAAUCGAAAUUUUGUAAAAUAUAUCCUUAGGUUUGCGUUGCUUACCCAGGGAAUAAGUUGAACGGAAUACAUAAUGUAUAAACAG